AUGCAAAGCCCAGUUGACCCAUCAUCUGCUCCAAAGCUUGUACUCUACUCUUACUGGGAGAGCUCGUGUUCAUGGCGCGUGCGCUUUGCUUUAAAUCUUAAAGGUCUUCUUUACGACUACCGUGCUGUCAAUCUUGCAAAAGGAGAGCAGUUCACUCCAGAAUUUGAAAAACUAAAUCCACUUCACUAUGUACCUGUCUUGGUGGAUGGAGAUGUCAUUGUUUCAGACUCGUAUGCUAUUUUACUGUAUCUAGAAGAAAAGUAUCCUCAUAAUGCGCUUUUGCCUGCUGAUCCUAAGUUAAGAGCGAUUAAUCUCCAGGCUGCAAGUGUCGUAUCUUCAAACGUACAGCCUCUUCACAUGUUAUCAAUACUGAAAUAUGUUGGAAAAAAAUUUGGUAAUGAUGAGCAACUUGCGUGGGCUCGGUUCCAUAUCGAAAAGGGUUUUCUUGCUCUUGAAAAGCUCCUGAAGUAUUAUGCAGGCACAUAUUCCACUGGAGAAGUAGUUCAAAUGGCUGAUGUAUUUUUGGCCCCUCAAAUUGCAGUAGCUACGAAGAGAUUUAACGUUGACAUGUCGGGUUUCCCCACUUUGCGUGCAAUAUACGAGUCUUGCAAAGAUUUGCCAGAAUUUCAAGCUUCGUUGCCGGGUAGACAACCGGAUGCCAUGCAAUGA